AUGGGUUCUCUAUACUCUAAUCUUUUUCCGAAUUGGUGUUUUACAAAUAAUAACCCUUGGCUUGAUAAAGGGAGAAUAGUUGUGGCAUGGCUGCCAAGUUUGUUUACUGUUAAUAUUAGCUUAUGUACAGCUCAAUUAAUCCACUGUGUUGUGCACCCAAGACAGAAACAAGACAGAUUUGAUGUUACAUUUGUGUAUGGAUUUAAUGAAGAUAAGAAGAAAGCUCAACUUUGGAUGGACUUGGAAGAGAUUUCAAUGCAAAUACAGGGGCCUUGGAUAGUUAUGGGGGAUUUUAAUGAUAUUCUGUUUAGCAAUGAAAGAGUGGGAAAAGGAUCUACUAAAAGUCCUACUCAAGAUUUUCGAGAUUGCGUGGAAAAGUGUAACUUGGAAGACCUAAAAUAUUCUGGGAUUUUUUAUACCUGGAAUAAUAAGCAAAAGCCAGAGGAUCGAGUUUUCUCUAAGCUAGAUCGAGCCUUAGUUAAUCCUCAAUGGACAGAUUGUUUUCAGUAUUCAGAGGCUAAUUUUUUACCUGAGGGAUGCUUUGAUCAUAGCCCCAUCUUGGUCUCUCUUUACCAGGAUGUGAUUAGUGGCAGAAAACCAUUUCGAUACUUUCGAAUGUGGAAGGAUGCAGAUGAUUUUGGUGAUCGAAUUGCUAAGAGUUGGCAGGAAGGAGUGGAUGGCACGGAGAUGUAUAAGCUGACAGUAAGACUUAAACGCCUAAAGCAAAUUCUUAAGUGCAUUAAUAAGGAAGGUUUUCAUGAUAUUCACAAAGCAGAAAUGAUUGCAAAGGAGGAAUUGAUGGUUUUGCAGGAAAAAGUCAAUAAAGACCCCCAAAACUCUCGUUUACAGAAUGAGGAACAAGUGGCUCGGGACAAAUAUGCUAAAGUAUACAAGGCUUAUUCUCUCUUCUUAGCUCAGAAAGCAAAAGAAGCCUUUUUACAGUAUUAUCAACAGCUCCUUGGAUCUGAGAUGCAGAACAGACACCGGGUGAAGAAAUGUAUAAUCAACCUUGGGCCAAAAAUUUCCGAGGUGCAUUCCAGCAGGCUUGAAACCGAGUACACAGCUCAGGAGAUCAAAGAAGCUAUAUUUUCUAUCCCUGGUUUGAAGGCUCCAGGCCCGGAUGGUUUUGGAAGUUGUUUCUAUCAAGAUAAUUGGGAAUUGGUUGGUUCUGAUGUGGUAUCUGCUGUUCUGUCUUUUCUGAGAUCAGGAAGAAUUCUUAAGGCAAUUAAUACGACUACCAUUACACUUAUCCCUAAGAGCAGUUGUCCGCGAAGUGGGGGUUUUGUACAUGGAAGAUAUAUUGCCCAUAAUAUCAUGGUGUGUCAGGAUUUGGUGAGAUUAUAUGGGCGGAGCAAUUGCAAACCUAGCUGUAUGAUAAAAAUUGACUUAAGGAAAGCAUAUGACACAAUAGAAUGGGGGUUCAUUGAAGAGAUGCUCAAGGCUUUUGAGUUUCCUCAAUCUUUUUCAGAUUUAAUAAUGGCGUGUGUAACAACUCCCAUGUUUUCCUUGCUUCUCAAUGGCUCUUUACAGGGGUUCUUUGCAUCAAAAAGAGGACUUAGACAAGGGGAUCCCAUCUCCCCCUUGUUGUUUGUGCUUGGGUUGGAAUACCUGUCCCGAAUUAUGAGUAAGGUGGGGUCUUUACCUGGGUUCAAGUACCAUAAUAAAUGUUCAAAUCUGAAGUUGAAUCACUUAUGUUUUGCGGACGACCUCCUUAUCUUUUGCAAUGGAGAUUUUGUUUCAAUAAUGCUUAUGUUGAGGGGUUUGAAGUUGUUCUCUUCUUCUUCGGGUUUGCUUCCUAAUGCUGAGAAAACUGCUAUCUACUGUCAUGGAAUGUCUGAUGCUGUUGUAGAUAGAGUGCUGGCAGCUUCUGGUUUCUCUCGAAGUCACCUUCCUUUCAGGUACCUCGGGAUACCUAUAUGUUCAAAACGAAUUUCUGCUGCAGAUUGUAAAUGCAUCUUGGAGAAGAUGAAUAGUAGGAUUCGUUCUUGGAGCACUCAGAAUCUAUCUUAUAUGGGGAGAGUGACUUUGAUCAAUUCAGUCCUUAUCUCAAUACAUUCAUAUUGGGCUCAGAUAAUGAUUCUACCAAAGAAAUUGAUCAAAGAUGUUGAAGCAAUUUGUAGGGCCUUUCUUUGGAAAGGUAUCUCAGACUCCCAUAUACCAAGAUUGAUUGCUUGGGAGUAUACUUGUUCAUCAAGGGCGGCUGGUGGAUUGGGCUUUCGGCGAUUACAUGAUUGGAAUUUAGCUGCCAUGGGGAAGUAUGUUUGGGCAAUUUCCAAGAAGAAAGAUAACCUUUUUGUCAAGUGGAUUAAUAGCGUAUAUCUGCUGGAUCAGAAUUGGUGGGAUUACAAGUGUCCCUCAGAUUGUAGUUGGUACUGGAAGCGCUUAGUAGCUGUGAAGGAUUGUCUUAAAGCAAAAAUCUCUUAUGACUCAUUCUUAUCACAGAGAUAUCAUAUCAAACUUGGUGUAAAUCUGCUGGUUUCUCCUGAAUUCAGAGUUCCGUGGAGGAAAUUUGUUUGGGAUAGAUUUAUCAUUCCCAAACAUCGAUUUAUCAUGUGGGAGCGUCUGCACACAAAGAAUCGAAUAGUUAGAUAUAAUCCUAAUAUUGAUCUGGUCUGUUUGCUGUGUGGGGCAGAGAAUGAAGACAUUGACCAUCUCUUUUUCAAGUGUACAUACAGCAAGAGGUGUUUAGAGGCUAUCAAAAGCUGGCUUCAUUGGAAUGCACAGUCCAUCAAUCUCCACCGGCUCCUGCAUUGCAUUUCUCAUGCCAAGCAUGUGUCGAAUACAUAUAAAAGUAUGUUCUUCUCCUAUCUUGCUGCGACAGUGUACCAUCUUUGGAGAGUAAGAAAUGAUGUGCUUUGGAAUCAAAAGUUGUGGCAAGUUCAUCAUAUAUUCUUGAUCAACCCAAUCGAUCCUCCACAGAUGAUACUCGAAGCCCUUACUACCUCUCUAAUGGCGAUUCCCCGGGAAUCACUCUUAAUCCUCAGUGGUGGUGAAAAUUACAACUCCUGGAAACAAUCGAUGAUGCUUUCCCUCUUGGCCAAGAACACGCACAAGUUCAUCAAUGGUAAGCUUCCACAACCAGAUCCCUCUAAUGAUGACUAUGAUGUUUGGUGA